UUUUAGCACUUAAAUCCCAUGGAUUCCUUGUUUAAAUGUUAUUGCUGUCACCAGCCCUGAAUAAAUGUUGAACUAUGCAUAUUAUAUUUGCAUUUACACAAUACUUAUUUUACAAAUCUGCCGCAUAAGAUUGCAAUGUCCGAAGAAAACUAGAACACCUCGUUUGGGCAACUAAUGCCAAGAGCACCCACAUUACCCAAGCCAUCCGAAAACUUACACAAACAUAUCAAAAACAGGACGCGGCGCAAAAUGCCGGCCAUAAACUGGGCCACGGGCCAGAGGAGCCAGAGAAUGUUGGAAUAUGGGACUUAAAACGUAGGAUGGCAAACAGCUCGACGGGCACAUUGUGGGAAUAUUUAAAAUUGGCCACGUGUUGUUCUUGCCGCUCAACUUCAGCUACCAGCUACCAGCUUCCGUUUGCCAUAUGACAUUUUUUUGCGCUUUUAGUUAUUUUAGAUUGCCCCGACAAGCUUACCGUGCAAGUGCAAUUUGAAAAUAUGUUAACCCUGCGAUUUUGGGCGCCCAAGUACCGCCAGCAACGCGAGCCAGCGGAAGAUAUUGCAGCAGUUCGUGUCAGGGCGUAUGCGCGAUAUUAACAAGAGCAACAUCCAACAAGCAACAACAGCGAAAAACAGCGCAACGGAAUCCCCGUCGAGGCAGGGAUAAAUUUACACAGGCUCCAGCGGCCCAACGCCGCCAGACAGCCAAUGUGACCCAGUUAAGGCCAAAGGAUUUAGCUGGCCAAGGACCGCGACCAAGGAGCAAGGAAGCGAAUCGGCAGCCCGGGUAGCGCGAAACACGUUCAAUCCCAGACUCGACACGGAGCAAGGAUUAUCAAUUUGCUUGGCACUUUAAUGGAGUUGGCCAAGAUGCCGCGGCGCCUGAUCCUGUUGGCCCUGCUCAUCUGCUUGCCGGCUAUCAGAGGGCAGUCGGAGGAGACAUCAAUAUUAAACAGCAAUGGAACAAAUGGGCGAGCAUUUCAAAGGACUCAAUCAAGGCGCGAGGCAUUAAUUCCGGCGACAACGCAAAUGGCCCAAACGGCGGACAAAGCCAGCGCAUUUGGGCCAACAAUGGCUGCAGCCUUGGAUGCAGCCCCGAAUCGCUCCCGCAACAAUGUGGCCAUUAAUAACAUUAACAACAAUGGCGAUCAGCGGCUGACCGCUGCCCUCGAGGCGAAUCUGAUUAUGAGCAAUCGCAAUAUCCACGAGCAGCAGAGCUACAUCAUCACGCAGGACAACGCCACAUCUGCAGGAGCUUCCCCUUCUUCCAGUGGCCCCAAUGCAACGGCAUUCGAUGCCACCGCAGCAGCAGCAGCAGCAGUAGCAGCAGCAACCGCCACAGAACCUGCCCCAACAACACCAGCAGCGCCGACAACAACAACGAGGAGAACAACCCGCCGACCGGUGGCAACAACAACGCUGAAGCCACCGCCAACAAUAGAUGAUUACCAGACAAUAAUUAGCCAGGCCGGCACCCAUGCCUAUCUGCCGUGCAAUGUUAAGCAGCUGGUGAAGAAGCCGAUUUCCUGGCUGCGGAUGAGAGAUGGCCACAUUCUCACCGUGGAUCAAACCACCUUCAUCGCAGAUCAGCGCUUUCAAUCGGUAUUCUCUCCGAAUCCCGAACGCUGGUCUCUGCAAAUUAAGUACGUUCAGCUGAAGGAUGAAGGAACCUACGAGUGUCAGGUGUCUACGGAGCCCAAAGCCAGUGCAAUUGUUCAUCUAAGGAUUGUGGAGCCGAAAACCGAAUUAAUUGGCGAGUCAACGCGACAUGUGAAGGCCGGAAGUCAAGUGAAAUUGCGUUGCAUAAUUAGCCAGGCUCUGGAGCCGCCGCUUUUCAUUAAUUGGUUUUACAAUCAGAAGCAAAUCUAUUUGCAUAAUCGUCGCGGCUGGCGUACGGAAAUUGAACGCAUCGAUCUGCCAGCGGAAGUGCCGACAACCAGCACCACCACCACCACAACAACAACAACAACCACGACCACCACCACUACAACGGCAGCAACACCACCAUCAACACCAACAACAGCACAGACGACAGCCACAGGAUCAACAGCAGGAGCCACAUCCUCGGAGUCGGUUAAUGGUUUAGUAACCAUAACACGUUCAUAUAUUUUAGAUGCCAUGUCCCAGAAUGAUGUGGCCGAGUCGGGAGUGGCUUUUGUCACGGAGACGUCGACAGCCCAGCUGCUUGCCGAUGUGGAUGCCACAUCUUCGACUUCGGGGACGACGACAGGAGCAGGACUCCUCACCUCGGCAGCUGCAGCCUCCUUAGCAGCGGCAGCAACUGCAGCAGCAGCAGCAACAGCAACAACUGUGGCGACAGGUGACUCCACUGCGGCAACAACCUGGCUGUCGACAACAGAGGCUGCAGCAACGACGGCUGCCACAACGACAACAACCAUGCUGCCAAGCAGCAGUUUCAUUAAGCAGAUAACAACGGCUUCUCUCAUCAUUCCGGCCGUAGUCAAACUGGAUUCCGGCAACUACACGUGCAGCCCCUCGAACAGUGCCCCCCGCACCAUUGUGCUCCACGUGCUGAACGGUGAAUAUUCCGCUUCGGCCAUUAAGUCGGGCAGUGUCAGCUGGAGUGCGCUAAUUGGAUGUCACGGCUAUUUGCACUGGCGGAAUGUUUCAACGCUUCUGACACUUCUGUGGAUUAUUAAAUUUGCACUGGCCAGGGACAUCUGCCAGCCGAUUGCCAGCAAGGAGGCCACCGCAAGGACAUCGGGCUCGCAGCCAGGAGCAGAAGGAGGCGGGCCGACAGGACCCAAAUCAGGGGUCGGCUUCAUCGGAGUCAGCAGCUCAAUUAGUGCCACCAAAGUGCCGGAGGACAAAACCUGAGUCGCCUGGCUGCUUGGAUUUUUUGCUAUAAAGGAGGCUACAAACUAAGAUUUUACUCGAUUUAAAUACAUAAUAUCACAGAGCAAGGAUGUUGGAGAAGGUCAUUCAUCAGCUAGGCAAUAUUUACAGGACUACUCACACGAAUUCCCCUACUAUCCGAACUUGAUUCAUGUUUAUUUUCCAUCUGGCUGUACAUUAAUAUUGAAAGUCACGUAUAGGUUCCAGCAUAUCGGAUAUUUUGAUGAAAACGUUGCAAGAAUUGUGUAAAUAGAAUGCACAGAAUUCGCCUUUGACAGAUAAGAAACAUUUUUACUGCGUUACUUAAUUGGGAUCUGCCAUGGUUGUAUCAUAAAUAAGUUAACUAGUCUCAAAGGAUGCGAUUCUAAAGGGAAAUCACUAGUAAAUUGUCAAGGCAGUUGGUUUAAAAAGGAAUUUUAUGAAACGGAACCGAAGAGUUCAGCUCAUUAGCGAAAUUACGACUAAGUAAGAAAACAAUUUAAUUAAUGUUUAUUUGGUUUCCUUAAGCUAUAAAUUGUAAAUAUGUACGUAUAACUUCAAAAUAUCCCUGAUUUCUUUAGACUAAAAGUACAUUUUUAUGCAUACAAAAUAAUGAUUAAUGAAUAUUGAAAAACAAUGUAAAUAAACGGGUGUUAUUGCGUUCCAUUCAAAUAAAUAACCAAAGCAAGCCAAAAAUUAAAUGUAAACAUUAGUUAGUAUAUAAAAGACUUACUAAAAUUUUAGACGCAGCCAAGCCAAGAAAAACCAAACCCAAAAUAAAACCGAAACUUAAUCAACUAAAUAAACAAAAUUGUAAGGAGUUGCUCCAACGUUGCGUAUACUUGAUUUGCAACUUCAAAUUUUAAGGGGAUGCCAAUGGAAUGGAAAUUAAAAUGAAAUGGAAAAUCAAUUGAAAUGAUAUGAAGUGUUUGCAAUAAUUCUUAAG